UGUUCGUAUUUUGUUGGAACAUUUUGUCUAAAUUUUUUUGUUUCAUAUUGAGUAAGUCAGUAUUUUAUUUAAUACAAUAAUCGCAUUAAACUAUUACGUUAUGACAACAUGGCUGGUGUUAUAAUCACAAAGAUCUUAAAAGAUGCGAAGCAACCACUUACCAAUCAACCCAGAGGGAGAUUAUCGCGAAAGUGGCGCUUAUGAAAGGAAUAAGCAUAAAAGCGUGUAAAGAUGAAGUUGUAAAUGCUAUCUUAGCUGGAACGGAACGUGGAUACAUUCAGAGAAUAUAUCAAAAUAAAUAUAAGAUCGCAAUGAAACAAUCAAUGAUGAAUUUGUUAUCGGAAGCAACUCCAAAACGACGAGUCCUCAAGAAAAGACCAACUUUGGGCGCCUUGAUGUCUCGAAGACGGAAGUCUCCGGUAAAAAGCAGACCCAAAAAGGAUAAGGUUAUUGCGGAAAGCCAAAAAGAAUUGGGGAUGAAAGGCGCCAAACGAAAGCCAUUGGUAAAAAAUUCGCCUAGAAAACGACAACAAUCUGGAAGAAAGAAGGCUCUGUCAAAGAAUUUGAAGAUAAGUAAAAAAAAAAAAAUCAUGCCAAAAAGAAGAAAUACUUAAACGUGUUCUAAUGAAAUCUGAAAUACCUAAAAUUAUAAAAAUCUUGGUGUAUGAAUUUCUGGAUCCGUUUCUACUAUAUGAAGAAUGUGAAUGUCUUGUCAUGAAUGUGAACGACUUUAAAUAAAUAAAAAAUUAAAAGGUGAAUUUCGAAAAUAUGUGAUAGAGAGAACCAACUCAAUUUCGUUAAUUCUCAAAAAAGGUCAACUCAAAAUUAAUCUCUUUAACUAAUAAAUGGAUAUUGAAUGCAUUCAAGGAAUUUAUAUAUUUA